UGCAGUAACUCUCAAAACCAAAACUUCAUAGUCAAAAGUGUACAUGCACACUGGCGACUCCAAAACGAAGCUGAUAUUCUCAAACGCUUCGAAUCUAAAACAUCAUUUCUUAGACCGACAAUCGAUGAGAUUGUGAUCCCGAGUGAUCCCCAAAGUAUAGUUCUGAGAUACUUAGAUGAUGAUAUCAUGACCGAGACGUAUAAGAAAAAACUUAGUAGAUGUGAACUUAAAUUUGUUGCAAGGAGGGUUUUGGAAGCUUUGAAGGUUUUGCAUGAUGAGGGAUUUAUUCAUACCGUUGUGAAACUGGAUAACAUGCUCGUGAAUCAUGGAAACAGGCAACGGUUUUCCGAGGUCCAACUUGCCGAUCUCGGUGGUACAGUAUCCGUAGAUUCGAAAUGGGCAGUGGAAGGACAUAUAGUCAGGACCGCUUACUGGCGAAGCCCAAAAGUGCUGCUUGGUAUGCGGUGGGGUACAUCAGCGGAUGUUUGGUCGUUUGGGUGUUCGAUCCUAAUGCUCAUCUACGGCAACUACUAUCCAUUCAACCCCCUCAACUACGGCGUAACCCUCGACGAUGACGAAUAUGAUUUCGGGGUACUCCAAAAACAUCAUCAAUAUCUCGGAUCAUUCCCAAUUUCCUUUGCUGAGAUAGCAGAUGAGGGAACGCAGAAUGCGAUUGUGUUAGCGAUGAAAUCGGUUCCGAGAGAGAAGAUGAAACCAUUUUCGAGGAUUACGCAGAAGGAGAUUGCGAAAGUGGAUAAUGAUUUUUUGCAAAAGAUUCUGAGGUUUAAUCCCAGGGAGAGACUGACGGCAGGGGGUGGAUUAGAGAGGUUGGUUAACAUGACAGAUGAUGGAUGGAAUGAUAGGGAGUUUAAGAGGAUAGACAGGAAUUUGGGUGACAUCUGCAUUCACUCGAAUUAA